ACAGCUCGUACAAAAAACCCAUUUCUGCAUUUACUAUACGUCAUAUCCUCAAAAAAGUUGGACUUAGUGCUCGUAUUCCUCAUUACAAACCUGCAAUGAUAGAAGCACAUUGUCAAGCUCAUUUCAAAUGGGCUCGC